AUGGCAACGCCUCCAGAGGUCGUUUUAAGAACUUUAGAAGAUUUGGGAGAUGAGGACUUUGAAAAAUUUAAGUGGUACCUACAGCAGAAAGGGGCCCUUGAAGACUUCCCAGCAAUCCCAAAGAGCAAACUGGAGAAAGUAAACAGGGUGAAGACAGUGGACCAGAUGUUCUCGACCUACAGUAUGAACACUAUUAAAGUGACCAGAAUAGUUUUAGUGAAGAUAAAUCAGAAUGAGCUACUGAAGAAUUUAUCAAACACCAUCUCAGAACCUUCAGAUAUUCUUGCUUCAUGCCAGCGAAAAGUCAAAUCCAACUCACAAAACAAGUUCCAGUGUGUGUUUGAGGGAAUUGCUAAAGCAGGAAAGAAAACCUUUCUGGAUCAGAUGUUCACAGAGAUCUACAUCACAAAGGGAGAGACUGAAGAGGUCAAUGUUGAACAUGAGUCCAAACGGAAGAAUGUCAAGUAUGAUGGACGAGCGGAGAAGGAUCCACAUUGGAGUCCAGACACCAGGAAGAUGAUCGAGUCUCUGGGAAAACUGGCUUUUGUGCAGCUGCAGAAAGACCACCUGAUCUUCUACGAAUCAGACCUGACAGAGUUGGAGGAGAUCCAACAAUCCCUGAGAUCAGGAAGUCUCUCCGCUGCUCACUGGUCAGCUCUGGUCUUCAUCUUACUGUCAUCAGAGAAAGAUCUGGAUGUGUUUGACCUGAAGAAAUACGGCGCUUCAGAGGAGGCUCUUCUAAGGCUGCUGCCCGUGGUCAAAGCCUCCAACAAAGCUCUGUACCUGUCAGAGAGAAGCUGUGAAGCUCUGUCCUCAGUUCUCAGCUCCCAGUCCUCUAGUCUGAGAGAGCUGGACCUGAGUAACAACGAUCUGAAGGAUUCAGGAGUGAAGCUGGUGUCUGCUGGACUGAAGAGUCCAGACUGCAGACUGGAAACUCUCAGUCUGUCAGGCUGUCUGAUCACAGAGGAAGGCUGUUCUUGUCUGGCCUCAGCUCUGAGCUCCAACCCCUCCCAUCUGAGAUUGCUGGACCUGAGCUAUAAUCAUCCUGGAGACUCAGGAGUGAAGCUGCUGUCAGCAGGACUUAAGGAUCCUAACUGGAGUCUGGAAACUCUCAGGAUGGACAAUGGUGGACCGCAGAGGUUGAAACCUGGUGUGAAGAAGUAUGUCUGUCAACUGGAACUGGACACAAACACAGUGAGCAGAGACCUCAAACUGUCUGACAACAACAGGAAGGUGACAUGUGUGGAGGAGAAGCAGUCAUAUCCUGAUCAUCCAGAGAGGUUUGACUGUCAUCAGCUGCUGUGUAGAGAUGGUCUGACUGGUCGCUGUUACUGGGAGGUUGAGAGGAGAGGAGUGGUUUAUAUAUCAGUGAGUUACAGAGGAAUCAGGAGGAGAGGAGACAGUACAGACUGUUGGUUUGGAUGUAAUGAUCAGUCCUGGAGUCUGAUCUGCUCUGAUGGUGGUUACUCUGUCUGGCACAAUAACAUCAGAACAGACAUCUCCUCCUCCUCUGUCUCUGGUAGAGUAGCAGUGUAUGUGGACUGUCCAGCUGGCUCUCUGUCCUUCUACACAGUCUCCUCUGACUCACUGAUCCACCUCCACACCUUCAACACCACAUUCACUCAG